AUGGGCAAGGAGACGUACUCGUUCACGGACUCGCACGAGGCGCGGAAGAAGCACCUCUCUGGGCGUGCCCAUAAGGCCAACGUCAAGCUGUGGUACGAUGCGAUCGACACGGGCGCGGCGCGGACCGACGGCCAGUGGACGCCGGCGGGGCCAGCCACCGACCUCUCGCUGCCGCCGUCGCUGCGGCCAGCGCCGCCACAUGCGUUUGCCAUUCUGCCGGCCGAGUGGGGCUAA